UGGAAUAUAAAAUUUCUAGGAAAGACAAACAACCAAGACUUUACCAUUACCCAAUUCUUGCUUUUUAAAAGCACCGACCACAGACAGCACUUUGGUACAUACUAGUACACCAACCUUCCACUGCAACUUAGCUUUCAACCAUGGCAGAAAUACAUCAUGAUUUUUUCCCAUUGAUUAGAGUUUACAAUGAUGGUCGAAUCGAAAGGCUGAUGGGCGAAGGUGUUGUCCCAGCUGAAUUAGAUCCUGAAACAGGAGUACAAAUCAAAGACGUUGUAAUUGAUCCAGAAAUUAACCUAUCAGCAAGACUUUACCUGCCCAAAAAUGUCGAUCCGGUUCAAAAAAUUCCCCUUUUUGUCUACUUUCAUGGUGGCGGCUUUGUAAUUGAAUCUGCUUCUUCACCUACAUAUCACAAGCAUCUUAGUAUGGUAGCAGCUGAAGCAAAAGUUGUAAUCGUCUCUGUUAAUUACAGGUUAGCUCCGGAGUACCCACUACCCAUAGCUUAUGAAGAUUCAUGGGUAGCUAUCAACUGGGUCGCUUCACAUGGCAAAGGUGAUGGUAAUGAGCCAUGGCUAAAUGAUCAUCCUGAUUUCAAUCGGGUCUAUUUUGGGGGAGAUAGCGCUGGUGCUAACAUCGCACACAACAUAGCAAUUCGGGUCGGGUCGGAAAAAUUGGAUGGAAUCAAACUUGAUGGGAUUUUCCUUGCCUGUCCAUUUUUCUGGGGAAAGGAUUUGAUUGACGGUGAGGCAGAAAACUUGGGUGCCAAAAAUUACAUUGAGAAGCUAUGGAAUUUUAUUCAUCCUAAAAGCCCCGGGUUAGAUGACCCGUUGAUAAACCCGGAAAAGGAUCCGAAUUUGUCUAGUUUAGGGUGUGACAAAGUACUUGUUUAUGUUGCCGGAAAAGAUGCGUUGAGAUUUAGGGGAUUUUAUUAUAAGGAGGCGUUGGAGAAGAGCGGGUGGCGGGGUACAGUGGAGUUUGUGGAAAUUAAGGAUGAGGAACAUGUGUUUCACUUGUUUGCUCCUACAAGUGAAAAUGCCGUGAGUGUGUUGGAAAAGUUGGUCUCUUUCCUUAAUCAGUCCAAGUUUUAAUCAUGGUAUUUUUCAUUUUUAGAUUGUUGUUAUUGUCCGCUGUGCUACUAUGGGAACAAAAGAAAUAAAGAAAAAUAUCUAUAUGUU